GCAGUCUCAACAGUCCGAGACCGACAUUCUUCCAACGGCGAGAUAAUGGCGAGGAUGUGGCCGCUGUUCGGGGCGAAGAAAGACGCUUCUGCUGCAUCUGUCGCUCGGCGCUGAAGUUUGCCGAUGUGUCGGUGGCGGCGGACCGCGGGCUGAGCAGAGGACGCGGCGGCGGAGAGCGGUUCAGGUGGCGGCUUCAAGGAGACUGCUGUGAUGCUACGUAGGCAACUGGAAGAAAAGGGCUUUUCUACUAUGAGAGAGUGUGUGUGAACCCGGUUUGUCUGCACACACGGGACCGUUUUUAGUUAUUUAUUAUUCCGUUUUUGUGACUGCUUCGGUUACACAGACGCGGUGUUUUUUGGGAUACCGCGAGCUGGUGAAGUUUUUGGGGGAAUGGCAGGUCGAAGCCGAAGAGCAUGGUUCAGUGUUCUGCUCGGACUGGUGGUCGGGUUCACUCUGGCGUCCAGACUCAUCCUGCCCAAGGCGACCGAGCUGAAGAAAGCCGGACAGAAACGGAAGGCGAACCCCGCCGGUUGUGGAGGACUCAACGGGGGACACAGAAAGGAAUACGGCGGAGUGCUAUGGCCGCAAGAUUCACCGGCGACCGAGCAGCCCGGCGGCUCCCGGUCCAAUAGUUUCCUGUUCGUCGGUGUCAUGACCGCCCAGAAGUACCUGAACAGCCGAGCCGUGGCGGCACACAGGACGUGGGCGCAGACGAUUCCAGGUCGCGUGGAAUUCUUCUCCAGCGAGGGCUCCGACACCUCCAUCCCCAUCCCCAUAGUGGCUCUGAGGAACGUGGAUGACUCGUACCCGCCGCAGAAGAAGUCCUUCAUGAUGCUUAAGUACAUGCACGACCAUUACCUGGACAAGUACGAGUGGUUCAUGAGGGCCGACGAUGACGUCUACAUUAAGAGUGAGAAGUUAGAGAGCUUCCUGCGCAGCCUCAACAGCAGCGAGGCCAUCUUCUUGGGACAAACGGGUAUGGGAGCGCGGGACGAGCUGGGAAAACUGGCCCUGGAGCCCGGGGAGAACUUCUGCAUGGGGGGACCGGGGGUCAUCAUGAGCCGCGAGGUCCUCAAGAGGAUGGUGCCGCACAUCCGAGAGUGUCUCCAGGAGAUGUACACCACCCAUGAGGACGUGGAGGUGGGCCGGUGUGUCAGGAGGUUUGCUGGGGUCCAAUGUGUCUGGUCCUACGAGCUUCCACAACAGCUGAUGGAGGCAGCGGUAGAGCAGCAGCUCCACUGUUCAGAGGAGUGA